AUGCUUGCACAGAAGUAGAUUACUAACAAAUUCUUAUUGGCUAAGCUGAAGGAGGCUGAAGAAAGAAACGAUUCUCAAUCAGUUCCCUCAUUUAUGAAUCAAACUGUUACUAUUAAUAAUCAGCAUAUAAGUGAUUAAAUCAGAAAGGCCAAGAAAGAGGCUGUAAGUUUGCACACAAGUCGUAAGUCAACCUAACAUUCGCCUAAAACCUCAUUGGAUCUUUCAGAAUUUAUUAAGCAAACUAAAAUCUAAUAAAUGACACAAUAGAAACUGUUGACGGAGAAAAAGUUCUCACAACUAGCAAUCUCAAAGGUAAGGGAUGAUGUGAGUCAUUUUUAUGAUUAAAUUAAAUCACCGAAUACAACAAGUAAGUCAAUUUUCAUAAAUAGGGGAGUAACGCAGCUUUUAGCCCAGACGUUAAAGAGCUACCUUCCAUAAAAAAUCACGGAGCGGUUAACAAAUUCAUUUGAUAGACAUGAAAGAAUAUUAAAAAUUAGAAGAUGGCUUGAAUAAAGAAAUAUCAUCUUUACAUACAGAAGAUCCAGGAGGCAGAGUUUAGAGUAUAUAGUUAAGAGAUUGGUUUUAAAAAUAAUAAAGCGAUGAUUUAAUUCCCCUAUUGACAGUUACUAUGAACGAAUUAGUUAAAUCACUGAAAAAAGAAUGUUUAGAAAGAGGAGAGUUGGUUGAAUAAAUUUGGUAGAAAGUUAUUUAAAUGGUUAAUAAGAUUAAAUUUGAUUCUGAAAUUUUAGUUAAAAAAAACGAUGUCUUAGUAAUGGAUGAAUAGGCUAAAGUAUUUUAUAUUUAUUAAGAAAAAAUGUCAAAUUUGUAGAGUUAGAUCUAAGAAGUCACUCUCAAAUACACCUAAGAAGUUACUCAACAUAAUGUUUGUAAAUAGGAAUAUAAGGAGUUGGAGAUCAACUUUAAAAAAAAUAGAUCAUAAUUAAAUGAUCUAAGAAAAAUUGCAUCUUUUCUAUAGAAGAAGUUGAAAUAAUCUCAUCAAGAAAUAGAAAUACUCAAUAGAAAGCUAUAAACGAUUACUUAAAAACAAUUAGAAUCAUAAUAAUAAACACAUAGAGACAUCAAUGGCACUCUCUAAUAGGUUCAUAGUUAGAGGAUAUUGAUAAAUUAAGAGAGUAUGUUCUCAUUAAAAUAAUCGUAAUAAUUAUAACCUCCUUCUUUAAAUUAAAUAUAACAAUCCCAACAACAAAAGGUGUUGCAACAUAUCAUCAAUUCUAGUUAAGUUUAAACAGGAAAAAGAGUGUCCUAUUUGGGUAAUUCCUAAGUACAAAAAUCUUAACAGGAGAAAUCAAGUUCGUCAGAUGAAGAUGAUUUGAUGGAUGGAUUACUAGAUGAUAAAAAUAUCAUAGAAAUGGACAACAUGGUUAUGAAUAUGGAUAAGAUUAUUAAAGUGGCUUGUGUGGAGACCUAAGUUGAGUCAGACAUACUUCAUUUAUAUUAGAAGACCUAAGAGAUACAAACAAAUAUUACCAUGAUGGCUAAAGAUUUCAAUUUGAUAACAGACUCUUAAGUAAAAAUCUAGAAUGUGGUGGAGUAAUUUAAAUAAAGAAGUCAAGUUGAAGAGACACUGAAAUUAUGCGAAGAUAAAACAAAUAAAGCGUUUUCAGGAAGAUAAUUGAAUUAAAUAAUUGAAUCUAAGUUUCUUAAUAAAGAAUAGCCAUCUCCCGGAGUUAAUAAAUUAAAUUAAAUAAGACAAGAUUCGUUUAGAUCUAAAAAAGGUGUAAAUUAAUCAAAUGAAUAAGCUACAAGUAAUGAUUAGAGUAUGGAUAUCAAUUCUGAUAGAUAUGUAGACUUUGAAAAAGUUAAGACUCUUGUUUUGAUGAUGCAAAUUUUAGAAAAUAAAAACAAGGAACUGUAAUAUAUUAUAGAUUAAAUGAAUGAGAAAUGCAAUAAACAUAUGCAAGAAUUGGAAGAUGCAAGAAGUCGAGCAGUAUCAAUUGGUACAUUUAAAAUUUUAAAAGAGCAAUAAUAAUAAUAAUAAUAAUUGACAUCGUAAUAUAUUGAUGGAGAAUCUUCUCCUGAAUAGUACGCCAAAUUUAAUUCAUCCUAAAAAAUGAUUAAGCGUUAAAAAGAUAACAAAAAGUUGAAUUAGGCAAAGUUAAUUUUUAAAGGUCCCUNUAAUGGAUGAAUAGGCUAAAGUAUUUUAUAUUUAUUAAGAAAAAAUGUCAAAUUUGUAGAGUUAGAUCUAAGAAGUCACUCUCAAAUACACCUAAGAAGUUACUCAACAUAAUGUUUGUAAAUAGGAAUAUAAGGAGUUGGAGAUCAACUUUAAAAAAAAUAGAUCAUAAUUAAAUGAUCUAAGAAAAAUUGCAUCUUUUCUAUAGAAGAAGUUGAAAUAAUCUCAUCAAGAAAUAGAAAUACUCAAUAGAAAGCUAUAAACGAUUACUUAAAAACAAUUAGAAUCAUAAUAAUAAACACAUAGAGACAUCAAUGGCACUCUCUAAUAGGUUCAUAGUUAGAGGAUAUUGAUAAAUUAAGAGAGUAUGUUCUCAUUAAAAUAAUCGUAAUAAUUAUAACCUCCUUCUUUAAAUUAAAUAUAACAAUCCCAACAACAAAAGGUGUUGCAACAUAUCAUCAAUUCUAGUUAAGUUUAAACAGGAAAAAGAGUGUCCUAUUUGGGUAAUUCCUAAGUACAAAAAUCUUAACAGGAGAAAUCAAGUUCGUCAGAUGAAGAUGAUUUGAUGGAUGGAUUACUAGAUGAUAAAAAUAUCAUAGAAAUGGACAACAUGGUUAUGAAUAUGGAUAAGAUUAUUAAAGUGGCUUGUGUGGAGACCUAAGUUGAGUCAGACAUACUUCAUUUAUAUUAGAAGACCUAAGAGAUACAAACAAAUAUUACCAUGAUGGCUAAAGAUUUCAAUUUGAUAACAGACUCUUAAGUAAAAAUCUAGAAUGUGGUGGAGUAAUUUAAAUAAAGAAGUCAAGUUGAAGAGACACUGAAAUUAUGCGAAGAUAAAACAAAUAAAGCGUUUUCAGGAAGAUAAUUGAAUUAAAUAAUUGAAUCUAAGUUUCUUAAUAAAGAAUAGCCAUCUCCCGGAGUUAAUAAAUUAAAUUAAAUAAGACAAGAUUCGUUUAGAUCUAAAAAAGGUGUAAAUUAAUCAAAUGAAUAAGCUACAAGUAAUGAUUAGAGUAUGGAUAUCAAUUCUGAUAGAUAUGUAGACUUUGAAAAAGUUAAGACUCUUGUUUUGAUGAUGCAAAUUUUAGAAAAUAAAAACAAGGAACUGUAAUAUAUUAUAGAUUAAAUGAAUGAGAAAUGCAAUAAACAUAUGCAAGAAUUGGAAGAUGCAAGAAGUCGAGCAGUAUCAAUUGGUACAUUUAAAAUUUUAAAAGAGCAAUAAUAAUAAUAAUAAUAAUUGACAUCGUAAUAUAUUGAUGGAGAAUCUUCUCCUGAAUAGUACGCCAAAUUUAAUUCAUCCUAAAAAAUGAUUAAGCGUUAAAAAGAUAACAAAAAGUUGAAUUAGGCAAAGUUAAUUUUUAAAGGUCCCUAGUUAGGUCAGAAAGUUAAUAUAGUAUAUGAAUUUUAGAAAGUGAAUGCUGGACCAUAAUUAGUUGAAAAAAUUAAAUUAAAGUAAUUGCCUAAAAUUAAACAUUUUAUGCCUUUAAAGUUACUCCUGAAACAAAUCACUGUUAUUUAUUAGGAUAGAAUACAGCAGCAAAAGGAUAAUCAAGCAUUUAAAGAUUAGGAUAUGGCAUCAUUUGUAUACAGUUACUUUUUACAAUAAUUUGGUAUAAAAAGAAUAGCAGAGUAAAAGUUCUUAAUUCUAAUAGUUUCAGUUAAACAUUAUAAAUAAAUAGUUAGAAUAAACAAUUUUGCAAAGUUCUUAGGAUUAUUUGAUGAUUGUGUUAAUUACUCAAUAGAUGAGAUGAAAAAAUAUUUGGAGUCCUUUGAUUAUGUUACUAAUAUUUCAACUCUUGGUGUUUAAAUUCCAGACCAAGAUUCAGAGGUCAGAUACUUUGUACCUUAUGUCAGAGCAUAAUAAUACAUAGGUAUGUUUGCAGAUUCAAGAAUGACAAUAGAAGAAAAAGAGGAAUUAAAAAAGGAGUUAGACUUAUUAAAAGAAGUAGAUACAAAAACAUCAAAUAGGUAGCCAAUAAUAGAUUUUGAUUAAUUUAUGAUUCAAAUGUUUGUCAAAUAUAAAAUAUUAGUAAGUAGAGCUAAAGAGUAUGUUAUUAAUGCAUUUGCUGCAUGUGAUUUAGGUAACAAAAAUAACAUAUAUUAACUUAGAUGGCAAUGGGAUGUGUAAUUUUGAAGAAUGGUAUUUAUUGCUUAGACAUAUAGAACCUGAUAGAUUGACCAAUGAUGAGAUUUCUGAAAUAUUCUUUACUAACGCUGAUUUAUUAAUUAAGGGAGAGUAGAAUUUUUCAUUUGAAAAGUUUGCUGUCGUAUGUGUUGAGUAUGGAUUAUUUUCAGAGGAGGCACAAAAUUCAUUUUUAUAGAUAAAAGGGACAAAAACUGAAAUUAUGAUAUAAGUACAAUAAUUGUUAAUAGUAUUGAUAGUUUUAAAAAUUAAUUGAUGGAUGGGCAGGAUAGAGAAAGACAAUAGAAUAAAGAUUUGAAUAGGUGACAUUACUGGAAACAGAGAAAAUAGAUUCUUGGAGAGCGAUAAUCGAAACUUUAGAGAGAAAGAUACUGGAUUUGAAGGAACAUUUGACUUAACCCGGAGUUGAAAAGAAAGUCAAGCCUCUUUUGAUUGCUAAUUUAUUAUUGAAUAAAGAAUCUGAAAUGCUGUUAGAAUUACAAGAGGAUAUUGAUGAUGAUGGAUCACCAAAUGGCAAGGCAUUUCAAUAAAAUUUUGCUUCGAAUGGGUCAAUUCGAAUACAGAUGGAUAUUAUAAAGGAAUGA